GUUCGCAGUAUCACGAUAAGCUGAUACGGACACGUGUACGGUGACGUGGCCUCUUCCUCUACACUUCGCUCGAUUUGGUAAUAGCUCUCCUCUCCUCUCCGCCGUCUCCGAUGGAUCCAUGGAGAAGAGACUAGCAUAGGGGUUGGGGUCGGUUUUGCUUUACUCGGCGGCGUAUCGGUCGUUCUCCUUUUGAGAUCCUUCGAGUCCGGCGUCCCUUCGAGGGGUUUGAUUCCCUUUCGCCAGUAGGUUUCCACUUUUGGAGGCAUAAUCGUUGCGAUUCGGUCAAUUACGGAGUUGGUGAAGCAACUCGUGUAGGAUAUUGCAGGUGCUUCAGAGUGCAAUUUAAUGGGAAAUAAUGAAGCUGCAACACCUUCAAAGACCGAGAAAUUGCCUUCACCUGUGCAGUUGCAGGAGCAGCCUGCACUUCAUCCAUAUGCUGACUGGGCAGCUAUGCAGGCAUAUUAUGGUCCUGGAAUGAUGCAUCCUUAUUUCAGCACUUCGGUUGUACCUGGUUAUGCACCGCAUCCAUACAUGUGGGCUCCUCGGCCGCUUGUUCCACCUUUUGGGUCACCAUAUGCUGCAAUGUAUCCAAAUGGAGCUUAUCCACACGCAUCAAUGCCUCUUGGUUCUCAUGCACCACAUCCUGGCGCAACUGAGGCAGUUGUGAUGGCAACCCCUUUGAACGUAGAAGCUCCUGAUAUAUCAUUGGGAUGCAAGGACAAAUGGUUAGUGACUAAGCUUAAUGCAACUGUGGGAAACAAAAGUUCAAAGAAUGCAUCAGGUGCUCAUGGGAAUGAGCUGUCACAAAGUGGGUAUAAUAGUGCAGAUGGGUCAAGUAAUGGAAGUGAUGGGAGUAAUUCGGCAGGAGGGUCUAGCAACCACGUAAAGGUUGGUUCAGAAGAUAGGCCAUCAUCAGAUGAAAGAAACAUUGACUCAAAUAUCAAUCCUGCUAAUGGUGGAGGAAAAACUUCCUCCAAAGUCUCUUUUGGAGUUUCUGGGACACCUACUGAUAUUGCUGGAAAUCGAGUGAAAAAUAAAGCUUCCCCUGGUCCAGCACAACCAUUGGUAGUGAAAAACACCGGCACCCCUGUCCCUUCAUCAGCAAUUCCUAUGAUGCCUGGUUGUAAUGGCGUACCUUCUGAACUAUGGAUACAGGAUGAGCGAACACUGAAACGGGAGAAAAGAAAACAGUCUAACAGAGAGUCUGCCAGAAGAUCAAGGUUGAGAAAACAGGCUGAAAAUGAGGAGCUUGGAAAGAAAGUGGAUACCCUGGUUGCUGAAAACACAAAUCUUCGCUCUGAAAUUAGUCAACUUAUCUCAAGCUCUGAUGCACUGAGGACCGAAAACUCAGUUUUAUUGAAACUUAAGAAUCUCCAAACAAUCCACGCCGAGGAACCAUCUCUUCCUAACGCAGAGAUUGAAGGUGCACCAUCAAUUGUUGCUGUAAACUUACUGUCGAUGAUUGAUAAACCAAACUCGAUUAGCUCGGGUGAAAAUCUAGAAGCCGGCAGUGCUGAUGACCCAGAUGGCAAGCUUCAGCAGCUUCUCGACACUAAUCCAAGAACAGAAGUUGCUGAAACUGUGUUGACCAUGAUUCCAGUGACUGUGCAGGACAAGUGAUUAUAGUGAUCCUGUAUAAUCUUCUAAUUCUUUUCUUCUCUCGGCUUACGAGAAUCCAUGAAACGACGUUGGAAGCUUUUAGAAAUCCCAACUACUAAUGGAAGAUAACUAGGAAUCCAUGUAAACUACUUUGUUGGAAGUUCAGAAAUCCCAACUGCUAAUGGAUGACAAGAACUGCUGUAAGAUCUAUAAAAAGUUGUUGCCUUAACCAUAAGUCUGCACAACUUUAGGAUUAUGUAAAUGAAUUGAGCUGAGUUGGUUUCGGGGUGUUCAAAUCUUUUUUGCCAAGGUUGUUUAAAUUUGUGUUA